GUUUUUUUUAGGGAGAGAGAAAUAGGCGUGACUUCCUGUUGUCAACCCUCGUUUAUUUUUUGCAGAGCCAAAUACCGUCCACAGAGGUCCCCCUUUAGUAAAAUAUUUUGCCAUCAUGCCAAACCUCUUAGUGAUUAGGAGCUGCUUUCUGAGUUGCUUCUUAGUACUGUUAUGGCCAUGUAGUUCUCAACUGGAAGAGCAAAGCAAGCUUCUACUGGUGUCCUUUGAUGGCUUCCGCUGGGAUUAUGUGAAUCGAGUGCCCACACCAAAUUUUCGUGCCCUGAUGGAUGAGGGUGUGCAGGUGGAUCAAGUGGAGAACACCUACAUCACCAAGACCUACCCUGACCACUACACAUUAGUGACAGGUUUACAUGCCGAAACCCAUGGCAUUGUUGCUAAUGAAAUGUAUGACCCAAUUCGUAACCGGUCCUUUUCCAUGGAGGGGCCAGAAGUGUAUGAAGCGUGGUGGUGGGAGGAGGCUGUGCCCUUGUGGGUGACCAAUCAAAAGGCUGGGUGGAAGAGCGGGGCUGCCAUGUGGCCUGGAUCAGAUGUAGCAAUUGGUGGAACAUAUCCAACACAUUACUUGAUCUAUAAUGCAUCAAUGGCCUUUGAGGCCAGAGUUGAGAAACUCAUUGAAUGGUUCUUAGAGCCAGAGGGAAUCAAUUUUGGGGUCUUAUACUGGGAGGAGCCAGAUGAGAGUGGGCAUAAUUUGGGACCAGAGAACCCACUGAUGGAUGCGGUCAUAGUAGACAUUGAUGAUAAGUUGGGGUUUCUCAGGAAAAAGCUCAAAGCAGCUGGCCUUUAUGAGAAAAUCAAUCUCAUUGUUACAAGUGAUCAUGGAAUGACACAGUUGUCACAUGAUAAGAUCAUUGAGCUGGACACCUAUGUCAGCCGUGAUCUUUACACAUGGAUAGACAAGAGCCCUGUAGUUGGUAUUUUGCCCAAAGAAGGCAAACUUGAAGAGGUCUACAGUUCGUUGAAGAAUGCAAACCCUAACAUGUUUGUAUAUAAAAAGGAGGAGAUCCCAGAGCAGUACCACUACAGACAUAAUGUCAGAAUUAUGCCUCUUAUCAUAGAGGUCAAAGAGGGAUGGACAGUCAUGCAGAACAGAAAUGGAUCCUUUAUGUUGGGAAACCAUGGUUAUAACAACAGCCUUCCCAGCAUGCACCCUGUGUUUGUUGCCCGUGGACCAGCUUUCCGUCAUGACUAUAUCAAGGCCUCCAUGCGCUCUGUUGACCUCUACCCUCUCAUGUGUAACAUUCUUGGACUCAAGCCCUUGGCCAACAAUGGUUCUUUGGCAAGUGUGCAGGAUCUCUUAGUGGAGACCCCAAAGUCAGUGGUCCCACCAGUGCCCAAAGAGCCUUCCUAUGCAUGGGCUAUAGGGUCCAUCCUUGGCACUGCCCUUGUGAUUGGUUUCCUCUUCCUCUUUGUGCAACAGGUGACAAAAAGGCAGCUACCCCCUUUGCAUCUCUCCAAUAGUGAGAUAACACAGCCCUUGCUGUAGGAUCAGUUAACACCUAUAAUGAAGAUGCAGCCUUUCUUAGCAAACAUAAAUGUUGUGGUCCCUUUUUCAUGUGAGGUUUGCAACGCAUGUAGCACUGACUUUUUCUCCAGUGCCACUGAUCUUAUUUGACUAAAUUCUGAUAAUACUUGGCAGUUAAGAUUUUAAAGAGUCAGCAAGGUCAUUUGUAUUAAAAAGGUGAUCAAUAUCCAUGGUACCAUGCCAAAGCCGAAUAUACCAAAAGCAAUAUGGGGAAAGAUGCUACAGGUGGCCAGAGGUAGUGCAAUCAUCAAAAUCUUAGCUGACUAAACCAAUUGUGCCCUCUUCUGGUAAAGCUGUCCAGGAUAACUUAUUCUUGUCACCUAAAAUUUAGUAUUCAAUAAUUAUUUUUUUUUAUUUAGCAUUUCCAUGCUUUUCCUUUAAAUUGCAAUCUGAUACUUUAUUAACAAGAGACAUUUGUGGUUUUCUCUGCAUUAAAAGGAUAGUUCACUCAAAAAUGAGAAUUCUCUGAUUAUUUACUCCCUCUCAUGCCAUCCAAGAUGUGUAUAACUUUUUUCUUUUGCAGAACAUAAAUUAAGAUUUAUAGAAGAAUAUCUCAGCUCUGUAGGUCUAUACAAUGCAAGUGAAUGGUGACCAGACCUUUUUAGCUCCAAGAAUCAAAUAAAGGAAAAAUAAAAGUAAUCCAUACAAUUCCAGUGGUUAAAUCCGUGUCUUCAGAAGCAAUCUAAUAGGUGUGAGUGAUAAACAGAACAAUAUGUCUUUUUUUUUUUUACUCUUAAGUCUCCACUUUAACUUUCAGAUAUGAUAGUGAAACUAAACAGGCAUUACAAGUGGAGAUUUAGAGUAAAAAAAAAUCUGUCUGGGAUCUGUCUCUGCAGAAGAAAGUCAUACACAUCCGGGAUGGAAUAAGGGUGAUUAAAUGACUAAUUUUCAUUUUUGGGUGAACUAUCCCUUUAAACCGAAUGUAUAACAAGGAAGUUUAAGGAUGAAUAUAUCAAUGAACGUUAGUAGCAGUUGGUUUUCAAAUGUGUUGCCUAUUCUGUCAUCACUUUCUUUAAAUAGUUAAUUGCUGCUGUUUGGUUUAUGUUGGCACAUUAAUGUUACUAAUUAUUAAUUAAAUGAACCAGGUAGUUUUCAAACUACCUCUGUGUUGCACUAAGAUCAAUGUAAACUAAUCAGGAGAGAUUAAAUAUUAUAGUAGUAAGAGGUUUUAGCUUAUCUGCAUUUUGCACAAUUUAAUACCAUUCAAAAUUUAUUUUAGAUGAGGGUUUGCCAAAAUCUUAAUUUAUCUAUUAAGUUUUAAAUCAAGUAGUAAGUAUAGGUCAUGCAUUACUGUAUUUUGUACUUUUUGGAAAUAUAAUUUAACAAAAAGCCUUUUGUAGAGCAAAAAACACUGUGAUCUGUCUUCUACUAGUGCAAAAACUGAAGGGAAAAUGAAAAUGUUUGCUCUUUGAUAUAAAUGUUGCUAAAUUAGUUUGUAGUUGCUUGCAGAAUGUUAGGAUUAUUUCUAUAAUAGAAGGGAAAUUAUGACUUUCAAAACUGACAUGUUUGCUGAGAUUGUGCUUUGUGUUAAGUAUAUGAUCUGAAUUUUACUGACUAAUGUCAGAUUUACCCUGUCAAAAACUUUCAAUGUGUUAUAAAGGUGAAUAAA